CCCCUGUGUACAUAUCUCACUCAAACAAAAGCCUUGGCAGUGAAUGACAGCUUUAUUCAUCACAAAUCAAAACUGUAACAUAAAAAAUAACAACAUUAUAUUAAUAAAACAAUGGCAACAUCUGGGCUAUUAACAUUUGGAAUAUUAAUGAAGUUAAAAAAAAAAGAUUAUGCAGCAGGAAAAGUUACACCAAUUCUUCAAGUAUUGGAUGUAUCAAGAAUCAAAUCAUCAGUUUACUUACUCGUUGUAUCUGAUGGAGAAAUGACAUCAUUUGCAAAAUUAAUUGUAGAUCCAGAAACAUACAAAAUUAAAGUUGAUCGAUACUCAAUCAUUGAAUUGGUUGAAUACGAAUCAUGCUGGGCCAAGUAUGACACAAAAUACACAUUGUUGAUCCAUGAAUUGAUUAUUAAAAAACGUGGUAAAUACAUCAAAGGAAAAAUUGAUUCAACAACAGUUGAUGUAUAUUGUUCUUCACCCAGUGAACAAUCAAAUAUGAGCUGGGAAAGUAUGAGUGAUGACUCCAAUGAAUCCAAUGACUCCAAGGUCUCUUUUGAACUUAUAUACACAAUAACCAUAUAAUUUAGUUUACAUUUUACCGGUCAAAAUAUUAUUAAAAAUUAUUUUUUAACAACAAACAAUUCAUUGAGUUAAUCCGAUGCAAAAUAAUUACAUUAUCAUUGUGUCUUCAAACAAUAUGUAAAAAUGACAUACAAUCAUUAUUUCGAUUUUGUCU